GGCGGCUCGCUGAGGCGGUGGCGCGGCGCGGGCUCCUCCCGGCGUGGGGCGGCGGGGGCCGGGGUGAUGCUGCUUAAGCUCCUGCAGAGACAGACCUAUACCUGCCUAUCCCACAGGUAUGGGCUCUACGUCUGCUUCGUGGGCGUCGUUGUCACCAUCGUCUCGGCUUUCCAGUUCGGAGAGGUGGUUCUGGAAUGGAGCCGCGAUCAGUACCACGUUCUGUUUGACUCCUACAGAGACAAUAUUGCUGGCAAAUCCUUUCAGAAUCGGCUCUGUCUGCCCAUGCCAAUCGAUGUGGUCUACACCUGGGUGAACGGCACAGACCUUGAGCUGCUGAAGGAACUCCAGCAGGUCCGGGAGCAAAUGGAGGAAGAGCAGAAAGCUAUGAGGGAAAUCCUUGGGAAGAACACAACAGAGCCAACGAAGAAGAGCGAGAAGCAGCUGGAGUGUCUGCUGACACACUGCGUUAAGGUGCCCAUGCUCGUCCUGGACCCGCCCCUGCCCGCCAACAGCACCCUGAAGGACCUGCCGGCUCUGUGCCCAUCCUUUCACACUGCCACUGACAUGUUCAAUGUCGCGAAACCAAAAAACCCUUCUACCAACGUGUCAGUUGUUGUUUUUGACACUACUAAGGAUGUUGAAGAUGCCCAUGCUGGACUGGUUAAAGGAAGCAGCAAGCAGACAGUCUGGAGAGCCUACUUGACAACAGACAAAGAAGUCCCAGGCCUAGUGCUGAUGCGCGACUUGGUGUUCCUGAGCGGAUUCCCACCCACGUUCAAGGAGACAAGCCAGCUGAAGGCAAAACUGCCAGAAAAUCUGUCUUCCAAAAUAAAACUGUUGCAGCUAUAUUCCGAGGCCAGUGUUGCUCUUCUAAAACUGAAUAACCCCAGAGGUUUCCAAGAACUGACCAAGCAAACCAAGAAGAACAUGACCAUCAAUGGGAAGGAGCUGACCAUCAGCCCUGCCUAUCUGUUGUGGGACUUGAGCGCCAUCAGCCAGUCCAAGCAGGAUGAAGAUGUGUCUGCCAGCCGCUUCGAAGAUAACGAAGAGCUGAGGUAUUCCUUGCGCUCUGUCGAAAGGCACGCCCCGUGGGUACGGAAUAUUUUCAUUGUCACCAACGGGCAGAUUCCAUCCUGGCUGAACCUUGACAACCCUCGAGUGACAAUAGUAACCCACCAGGACAUUUUCCGAAAUCUGAGCCACCUCCCCACUUUCAGUUCGCCUGCUAUUGAAAGCCAUAUCCAUCGCAUCGAGGGGCUGUCACAGAAGUUCAUUUAUCUAAACGAUGAUGUCAUGUUUGGUAAGGAUGUUUGGCCGGAUGAUUUUUACAGUCACUCCAAAGGUCAAAAGGUUUAUCUGACGUGGCCUGUGCCAAAUUGUGCAGAGGGCUGCCCAGGCUCCUGGAUUAAAGAUGGCUACUGUGACAAGGCCUGUAAUAAUUCAGCCUGUGACUGGGAUGGUGGUGAUUGCUCUGGUAACAGUGGGGGGAGUCGCUACGCAGCAGGAGGUGGGGGUACCGGGAAUAUUGGAGUCGGACAGCCCUGGCAUUUCGGUGGAGGGAUAAACAGUGUCUCGUACUGUAACCAAGGAUGUGCAAAUUCCUGGCUCGCUGAUAAGUUCUGUGACCAAGCCUGCAACGUCUUGUCCUGUGGGUUUGAUGCUGGUGACUGCGGACAAGAUCAUUUUCAUGAAUUGUACAAAGUAACUCUUCUCCCAAACCAGACUCACUACGUUAUCCCCAAAGGUGAAUACCUGUCUUAUUUCAGCUUUGCAAAAAUAGCCAGAAGAGGAAUUGAAGGUACGUACAGUGACAAUCCAAUAAUCCGACACGCAUCCAUUGCAAACAAGUGGAAAACCAUACACCUCAUAUUGCACAGUGGGAUGAAUGCGACCGUGAUACAUUUUAAUCUCACACUGCAAAACUCAAAUGACGAAGAGGUCAAAGUCCAGAUAACAGUAGAGGUGGACACGAGGGAGGUGCCAAAACUGAAUUCUACAACCCAGAAGGCCUAUGAAAGUUUGGUUAGCCCAGUGACGCCUCUUCCCCAGGCGGAAAUCCCCUUCGAAGAUGUACCCGAAGGGAAACGCUUCCCCAAGGUCAGGAGACCGGAGGUAAAUGCAACAGGGAGACUCCAAGAGGAGGUGAAAAUCCCACUGGUAAACAUUUCACUCCUCCCGAAAGAGGCCCGGGUGAAACUGAGGGAGUUGGACUCUCAGCUGCAGCAGGGAGACCUCACUCUGAAAGGAUACAACGUGUCCAAGUCAGCCCUGCUGAGCUCUUACCUGGGCAACUCACGGGACGCUAAAGAAAGACGGCAAGCCGGAAGGACUGAUGAGACACGCGACAACUUGGAGGUCUCACAGGAAAAGCCCUCUCACGAAAGCCCACGUGGCUUUGUUGCUGGACACAGACCAGAGAGAUGGACGUCCCCAGCCGGGACAGUGAACGUAAACGGUCCUGACCAUGAUUUGACUCCAGCCCUGGUCUUGGAGACCAAGGCAAGAUUUAAGUUGGAAACUCAGGCCCAACGUGCACCAGGCAUGGGUGUAGCCAAAGAAAACCUCUUACCACAGGCUAGUCCCCUGGAAAGCCACGUGACAAAAGCAGAGCUCACAGGGAGAGAAGAGGAGAGAGACAGAGCAGAGGGCAACGUUGACAGCCGCGUAGCUGUGAAUGAAAUAGUGCCCGGAAGAAGGUUGCAGCAGCACACGCAGAGUUACCCAGGCUUUUUACCUUGGGAGAAAAAAAAGUAUUUCCAAGACCUUCUUGAUGAGGAAGAGUCGCUGAAGACACAGUUGGCAUACUUUACAGAUAGCAAACAUACGGGGAGGCAACUAAAAGAUACGUUUGCAGACUCACUCCGAUACGUCAAUAAGAUCCUGAACAGCAAGUUUGGAUUCACCUCCAGGAAAGUCCCCGCACACAUGCCCCACAUGAUUGACAGGAUCGUCAUGCACGAGCUACAAGAUAUGUUCCCUGAAGAAUUUGACAAGACGUCAUUUCACAAGGUGCGUCACUCCGAGGACAUGCAGUUCGCCUUCUCCUACUUUUAUUACCUCAUGAGUGCAGUUCAGCCCCUGAAUAUUUCUCAAGUCUUUGAUGAAGUAGAUACAGACCAAUCUGGUGUCUUGUCUGACAGAGAAAUCCGAACGCUGGCUACCAGAAUUCACGAUUUGCCUUUAAGCUUGCAGGAUCUGACAGGUUUGGAACACAUGUUAAUAAAUUGCUCAAAAACGCUCCCUGCUAAUCUCACUCAAUUAAACAGUAUUCCACCAACUCAGGAAGCAUACUAUGAUCCCAAUCUGCCCCCAGUCACUAAAAGUCUUGUCACCAACUGUAAACCGGUAACUGACAAAAUCCACAAAGCGUAUAAAGACAAGAACAAGUACAGGUUUGAAAUCAUGGGAGAAGAAGAAAUUGCUUUCAAAAUGAUUCGUACCAAUGUCUCUCACGUGGUCGGCCAGUUGGAUGACAUAAGAAAAAACCCCAGGAAGUUCGUUUGUCUGAACGACAACAUCGACCACAAUCAUAAAGACGCCCAGACAGUGAAGGCUGUCCUCAGGGACUUCUACGAAUCCAUGUUCCCUGUACCUUCCCAGUUUGAGCUGCCAAGAGAGUAUCGGAAUCGGUUCCUUCAUAUGCAUGAGCUGCAGGAAUGGAGGGCCUAUCGAGACAAGUUGAAGUUUUGGACCCACUGCGUGCUAGCAACAUUGAUUAUAUUUACUGUAUUCUCAUUCUUUGCUGAACAGAUAAUUGCUCUGAAGCGGAAGAUAUUUCCCAGAAGGAGGGCACACAAGGAAGCUAGUCCCGACCGGAUCAGGGUGUAGAAGGUCUUCAUUUGAAGUCACCACCUACCUCAGCGUCAUCUGAGCAUCUCCCACCUCUUCGACAUCACAGGGUGUCGCCCAUGACGUGGCACGUAGACAGCCUGGUGGGAAGACGGGACGGCAUGCAGUGCGUGUUCCUUCGCAGCAUGAAGAGAGCCUGCUGCCCUGGAGUUGAUCAGCGCUCUGGGAAGUUGUGUGGACAGCUUGUUCAGCUUGUACUUUUAAAGGCUUUGCUGGAGGACCUGUCAACUUGUGGAUGAGCCCUCGCUGGCAAGCUGCUGGUUUCCUCCCACAAUCAUUGAAGGCUAAGAAGCCAGGCCAGCUCAGGAGCAAGCGCUGGGGGACAGCAAGUCUUUGCAUUCCAAAGCUCUUGGCAUAAUUUUUCACUUUUCUCCUCCUUUUAUUCACUUCCCAUUAAAAAAAAAAAAAAAAAAAAAA